AUGGAGGGCUUCGUGCCUGCCGGCUUGCCGUGCUGCACAGGGGAGAAGAAGCUGCAAGGCAGCAGCAGCAGCUGCAGCUUUCCUUUUUCGGUGAUUUCUUCGCUGGUGGGCAGCAGGAACGCAGCAGCAGCAGCAGCAGCACCAGCAGCAGCAGCAGCAGCAGAGACCAUGAUGGGCCCCCGACUCGACGAACACCACCGCAACCUGCAGGCCGUGCUGCAGUACUUGCAUCAUUCGGGGUUUGCUGCUGCUGCUGCAGCACUAGAGACAGAGUCAGGUGUCUCCUGCAUCCCCCAUUUCUUCCAGUUCGCAGACACGUGGCUGCCGCAGCAGCAGCAGCAGCAGCAAGCAGCAGCAGCAGCAGCAAGUGCAGAAGACGACGAUGAAGAACUCCUGCAGCAGCUGCUGCGGGGGGAGCCAGUUCUUACAGCAGCAAUGAGGGCCCUCGAGCAGCAAGCCAACAUCCUGCGCAGCAGCAGCAGCAAGAACAGCAAAGUUGCUGCUGCUGCUGCUGCAGCAAAAGCAGCAGCAGCUUCUUCGAUUCCGGAUUUGAUGGGAGCCUAUGAGUUGCUGCCGCCAAUCAACGGCUUCCAAGUCCUGCCUCCACAAAAGCAGCAGCAGCAACAGCAGCAGCAACAGCAACAGCAGCAGCAGCAACAGCAGCAGCUAAAAGCAGCAGCAGCAGAUGCAGCGGCUGCUGCUGCAGUCGCAUCAGCUUGGGGCAACCUCGAUGCGAGGGCCUCGCGCACCUGCUGCUCACAGCCUCUUUGUCUUGCUGACGGCAGCAGCAGCAGCAGCAGCAGCGACAGCAACCUUUGCAGCAGCAGCAACGGCAACAGCAGCAGCACGGGAAGCAGCAAGAAGGGCAGCAGCAGAAGCGAAGCGCUGCAAAACGCAGUGUACGUACAGGAGGACAACAUCCUUUGCUGCAGCUUCAUCGACGACAGCAGCAGCAGCAGCAGCAGCAGCAGCGAGGCACUGCUGGCUGUAGGAAGUGCAAAGAAAGCCGUGCGUCUGCUGCGGCUGCGGUGUGAGCCGCCCCUCAGCAGCAGCAGCAGCAGCAGCAGCAGCAGCAGCAAGGUGGUGUCUUGUGAAGUGGCGUGCGAAUGGAAGGGCCUGUCGUCGCCUGUUAUAGCUGUGGCUGUCCGCAGCAGCAGCAACAGCAGCAGCAGCAACAGCAGCAGCAGCAGCAGCAGGCUACCCAUCUUAGCUGUGGGCAUGCUUGAUGGGGGACUCUGCCUUCUGCAGCCGGUCACCCAGGCCCCAGCAGCAGCAGCAGCAGCAGCAGCAGCAGGCCGCGUGCUGCAGCAGCUGAAACCCCACAGCAAAGCCAUUGUUGGCUGCGAGUUUUCCUUUGAAGGAGACAGACUCGCAAGUGUCUCCAGAGAUGGAUCUGUUGCAGUGUACCUACAGCAGCAAAACUCUCCAGACUCGUUUGACCUUGUCUUCCAUUACAAUCUCCCGGACAGCGUGUGCAGCUGCCUUUGCUUCUUCCCCAGCAGCAGCAGCAGCAGCAGCAGCAGCAGCAGCAAGUGCAGCAGCAGCAAAGUUGCCAUUGCGCUGCACGAGUCUUCUGUGAUUGCUGCCUUCGAUGUGGUGGAGCUGCAGCGAGCUGCUGAGGUUUUUUUCAUAGAUGAUUUGGGCUGCUACGCGCAGCGGCAGCAGCAGAAGCAGCACCAGCUGCUGCAGCAGCAGCUGCAGCAGCAGCAGCAGCAGCAGCAGCAGAAGUGCGGGGUCUCCGUGCUGCGGAUGGUCUGCGAAAGACAAAAGGGCUGGCUCUGCGCCUGUCUCAGCACUGGCAUAGUAAUCAUAUUCUGCGUAAAGACCCAGAGACAAGUGCUGCGGCUGCAUGUGCCUGACGUGGACUUCUACUCAACGCCUGCGAUGGCCCUCAGCCCCGAAGGCCGUUACCUUUAUGUGUCGACGCACAGAGUUGGCGGGGCUGAAAUCAUAGCUUAUCCGCUGCCCGAAGCAGCAGCAGCAGAAGCAGCAGCAGCAGCAGCAAGAGAGCCUGCUGUGAUAACUGCGUCUGCUGCUGCUGCAGUGCUGCGAGGGCCCCUGCAGCAAAUCAAAGGCCUCGCCUGCCACAGCAACUUGCGCAUGCUAGCUGCUGUGGGGCUGGACAAAGCAGUGUACCUCUUUUCCUAA